UUACUCCAUUUUUGUGGCUCUGGUAGCCGUCUGAUAUUGAAAAGAGGAAAUGAAGAAAUGAAUCAGAGGAAUUACAGGCGUCGAGUGGUGGUGUGGUGUCGGGCCAUUGGCUUUUCGAUGAUUGGUUAAAGUAUAUUAGAAUCAGAGAAAAUGGAGCUGCAAAUGAAGGUGGCGCAGGCGGUCCAUGUUCUCUAUCACGACACAGAAUCUUGCAACCGCGUCGCAGCCAAUCAGUGGCUGGUUCAGUUCCAGCAGACCGAGGCAGCUUGGGAGGUCGCCACCUCCAUCCUUACCUCCGAUCAUCAGCCUUUCCUCUCCGAUUUCGAAGUCGAGUUCUUCGCCGCUCAGAUUCUCAAACGGAAGAUCCAGAACGAAGGCUGUUACUUGCAGUUAGGAGUUAAAGAUGCUCUGCUUAAUGCCCUUCUUCUGGCUGCCAAAAGAUUCAGUUCUGGCCCUCCGCAGCUUUUAACCCAAAUUUGCCUUGCACUCUCUGCCCUUAUACUUCGUUCUGUUGAGCAUGGAAAACCUAUUGAGCAGCUUUUUUAUAGUCUACAAAAUCUGCGGACCCAGAAUGAUGGGAAUGCUGCUGUUCUUGAGAUGCUCACUGUUCUACCAGAAGAAGUUAUUGACACCCAAACUACUGAUUCUAAAAUAAGUGCAUCCCACCGAAGCCAGUAUGGCCAAGAGCUUCUUUCACAUACUCCUGUGGUCAUUGAAUUCCUGCUCCAGCAAUCUGAAAAUAAGUUUGAAGGUGGCAUUCAACUAAAUGAAAGGAACAAAAAGAUUCUCCGUUGCUUACUCAGUUGGGUUCGAGCCGGGUGCUUCUCAGAGAUUCCCCAAGGUUCAUUGCCAACACAUCCGCUACUUAAUUUUGUAUUCAACUCACUGCAGGUAUCCUCUUCAUUUGACCUGGCUGUUGAAGUUCUUGUUGAACUAGUGAGUCAUCAUGAGGGGCUGCCUCAGGUUUUGCUAUGCAGAGUACAUUUUCUUAAAGAGAUGCUUCUUCUACCAGCUCUUACUGGUGGAGAUAAGAAGGUGAUUGCUGGCCUCGCAUGUUUGAUGUCCGAAAUUGGGCAGGCUGCACCGUCUUUGAUUGUAGAGGCAAGUGCUGAGGCACUUAUGCUGGCGGAUGCUCUUUUGAGCUGUGUGGCAUUUCCAUGUGAAGACUGGGAAAUUGCAGACUCAACUUUGCAAUUUUGGUCUAGUCUUGCAAGCUAUAUACUUGGUCUUGAUGUUGAUGGUACAAGCAAAAAAAAUGUCGAAGGCAUGUUUUUUUCUGUAUUCUCAGCAUUACUUGAUGCUCUUUUACUGCGUGCUCAGGUGGAUGAAUCUACAUUGAAUGACGAGAGUGGAACUUUUGACUUGCCUGAUGGUCUUCUCCAAUUCAGGAUGAAUCUUGUUGAACUUUUGGUAGAUAUAUGUCAGCUGCUACGACCUGCUACAUUUGUGCAAAGGCUUUUUUUUGGUGGUUGGUUUUCCACAAAUAUGGCAAUACCUUGGAAAGAGGUUGAAACCAAAUUGUUUGCUCUAAAUGUGGUUUCUGAAGUAGUCCUUAAAGAGGGCCAGGCCUUUGAUUUCUCGGUGGUUAUGCAGCUGGUUACAAUCUUAUCUUCCAGGCCUUCUGCUGAGCUCAAGGGAUUCAUGUGCAUUGUUUACAGAUCAGUUGCAGAUGUUAUUGGUUCCUAUUCCAAGUGGAUAUCUGCCCUGCAAACUAAUUCUAGACCCUCACUAUUAUUUCUUGCUGCUGGGAUUUCAGAACCUCUGUCCUCAAAUGCUUGUGUGUCUGCCCUCCGUAAAUUUUGUGAAGAUGUUUCUGCUGUGAUUUAUGAGCCGUCAAAUUUGGAUAUCUUGAUGUGGAUAGGAGAGGCUUUGGAGAAGGGGUGUCUUCCUUUGGAAGAUGAAGAAGAAGUUGUUAGUGCAAUCAGUCUGGUCCUUGGCUCUGUUUCUAACAAGGAGCUACAGAACAACUUAUUGGCUAGAUUGCUAUCGUCUAGCUAUGAAGCUAUUGGGAAACUUAUUGAAGAUAAUAACAAACAUUCUCUGAGACAAAAUCCAGCUGCUUAUACAGAAAUUUUGAGCUUUGCAACUAGAGGACUGCACAGGAUAGGAAUUGUCUUCAGUCAUCUGGCCAUGCCUUUCCUGUGUGAGCCUUCUACUGAUAAUUCCAUCCUUUCAGUACUUAGGGUUUUCUGGCCUAUGCUGGAGAAGCUUUUUAGAUCAGAACACAUGGAGAACAGUAGUUUAGCUGCUGCAGCUUGUCGUGCUCUUUCACUAGCGAUUCAGUCCUCAGGCCAGCACUUUGAAUUGCUAUUGCCCAAAAUACUAGAUUGCCUGUCGACAAACUUUCUGUCAUUUCAAAGUCAUGAAUGCUACAUUCGAACUGCUUCUGUUGUUAUUGAAGAGUUUGGUCACAAAGAGGAGUAUGGUCCUUUGUUCAUGAGCACAUUUGAACGGUUCACCCAAGCAUCGUCAGUAAUGGCCCUUAAUUCUUCGUAUGUAUGUGACCAAGAACCUGAUCUAGUGGAGGCCUACACAAAUUUUGCAUCGACAUAUGUUCGUGGCUCUCGUAAGGAAGUAUUGGCUGCAUCUGGUCCUCUGCUAGAAAUUUCUUUUCAAAAGGCAGCUAUAUGCUGCACUGCUAUGCAUCGUGGGGCAGCUCUUGCAGCUAUGUCAUAUUUGUCUUGUUUCUUGGAGAUUGGCCUGGCUUCAUUAUUGGAAUCGAUGACCUUUUCUCCUGAAGGGUCAUUUGGUGCCACAGCAAUUCAUGUCAUUUCUCAUAGUGGAGAGGGACUUGUAUCAAAUAUAGUGUAUGCUUUACUCGGUGUCUCAGCAAUGUCACGGGUUCACAAGUGUGCAACGAUAUUGCAACAAUUAGCUGCAAUUUGCUGUUUGAGCGAAAGAACAACCUGGAAGGCCAUUCUUUGUUGGGAUUUUUUGCAUUCAUGGCUACAAGCAGCGUUUAAUCAGGUGCAGGCUCUUCCAGUUGAGUAUCUGAAGCUGGGAGAAGCUGAAACGCUAGUGCCAGUUUGGUUGAAGGCCCUUGCUGGUGCUGCUGCAGAUUAUCUUGAGAGCAAGAGCUCCAAUGGAGGAAAGAGCGAUUAUGGGCAUAUGCAAGGGAAAGGAGGAAGAGUACUGAAGCGAGUCAUCCGAGAGUUUGCUGAUGGUCACCGCAACAUCCCAAAUUUGACUUGACUCCCACCCGUAGAUGCUAUCAGCCUGUCCUGCAGCUUUCGACACAUAUUGCUCGAGGCCUUCCAUACUUGCUUCAAGCUCAGUUCAAUUCUGGGAGAUGGAGAUUACCAUCUGUUGCAUUUGAGAAACUUGCCAUCACAAUAUAAGUAACACUCCUGAGAAUCUCUUGUACAGCAGAUUGACCCAAUUUUGUUAGACCAGAAAGAAUCAGAUUAGGAUUGUUCAAUAUCUUGUGGGAGAGCAGAUGGAAAUGAGAAUACAAACUGCUUUUUUUCUUCCCUUUCGGUGCCAGAGAAUUACAUGUACUUAAAAGAAAGGAAUGUAGUCAGUGAUUUCUAUUUUCUUUUGUUUU